AGCGAAAAGGCUUAGGCUCUUUUAGUUUGACGUCAGUUGUGCGCGAAUUCCCGACAUUAGGAAACCCUGACGCACGCUUAGGUGUCGCUUUGGGUCGAGUAAAAAGAGCCUGAGCCCUUCUGACCAGGAGCUAGCUAUAGGCUGUCAGAAGCCAGGAGCCUUCAAUACUGGGUUACCUGCCCUGCUGUCAGCACUAUAAAGAGAUAAUUUCGUAAUCUUUCGAGACCACGAGUGAAAAGUCUCUUUUGUGAGACAAGCGAGACGAGAGAAGAGAGAAAAAGAAGCAAAGGCAAACCAAGAAGGAAAAAAACUCUCAUGUGUAGUCUAGAAGACAACACCUGACAACAAUGGACGACGGGAAAAAUGGGCUGCUCUCAGUACUUCGGGAGAAGAGAAAAAGUGAAGAAUCAGAAGAAGACCUGCCUGAAGACCUCUCCCUAAAAAAACAAUGCACUGAGAUGAGCGACGAGGAAACUUCAAGACAAUUGGAGAGGCGCCGAAGAAACAAAGAAGCAGCAGAAAAAAGCAGGAAGAAAAGGAAGGAAGAGUUUGAAAAGCUGCAGUCAGAAAAUGUCAGGCUGAGUCAAGAAAAAUGUGAACUGGCAGCGAUGAUAUCGGCAUUGAAAGAAAUGCUGGCAAAGGAGCAUCAAGAUAACAAGGAACUGCAAAUGAAAAAUGACACCCUUAAGCGCUGGAUAGCCAAAAGAGCUCAAGAACUGGGCCUCAACAAGCACAGCAUCAUGCAGCGCAAAGAAACUCAGCCUCAGAGAAAUGGAGACAAUGAGACAUGCUAUUCUAGUGAUGAAGCAUCACUUGAUGAAGCUCCAACACCGAGCAGCAAAGAAGCCAGCCCACUAAAGGAAAAUGCCCAGAGUUUGCCCAGAGUUGCACAAAAGGUUGAAAGAAAUGUUCCAGUGUUGACCACCACAGCAACCAAAGUGAAACCAAUGCUGCAUACACCAUGGAUUGUUGGAGAGAAUGAUAUGGCAGUUCCUGAAAAGCAAACAAGGCUGAAGAUGAAACAGGAUGAAAAUCAAGAAAAUAUGACUGCUCAUAAAGUACAGUCCCAAGAGCACAUUAAUGUUCCAGGAGAUAAAUAUUUAUACCUACCUGAUGGUCGAGUCCUCAUUGUGCAGGGUAGUGUACUGCAAACACCCUCCCCACCACCCAGCCCUCCUCAGCCUCAGAGCAUGCCAUUCUAUAUGCCUUAUAAUAUUGGCAGCCAGAAGCCUGUUUUGGGUGGAGACACCCAAGAAAGUCUGAUGGGCUCGCCAAAUGUCCUUGACUCUAACUCCAAGGCUGCCAUCGAGGCUUUGCUGAAACUUGGCUAUGAGGUUAAAAUAUCACAUGGCUAAAGUGCUGCUAUUUUCCUACUUAGUCCACUCCUACAUCCAGCACAUUGAUGACUGUUCAUCAAGUCAGAUAUAAAAUAUGAAUGCAUGUCCCUGAUAAAUAAAAAUGAUGGUCUCUAUUUAUUGUAUUAAAAUCAAAACACUUUGCUCUACUGGAUUAACAUUAAACUCAUGUUACAGUGAAGCAAACUUCUUUGUGAGAGAUCACAAACAAGAAGUUCUGCUUAAUACAUGCUUUCCAACAAACAUUUCCAUUUUCCCUUCUCACUCUCUUGACUGAUGGCUAACACUGUUUUAUUUUGAUGUUAUUACUUCUGUGUGAUUGAUAAAUAUUUUAAGAGCAUUGUUUUUGCUAUAUAAGGGCAUACUUGUUCUAUUUUACUUUAAAUUUUCUUGGCUGUUUUUGGUUAGAUCUUAACUGUUGACCAAUAUUGUAAAUAUUGUCUUGUAAACUGUAAACAUAUUGCAGCACAUAGUGUCCUUUGGAAGAGCAGGUGGGCUGUCUCAGUUGACAGUCAUGUGACCCAAAUGUAUAAGCCCUUGAUAAUUCUGUAAUUGAGAAAUAAUAAAUCAUAAAGAGUAUAGCAUCAGUUUUUUAAGAUGUGCUCAGCACGUUAGGUGUUAGAUAAUUAUGAUCGUGGUGUUUGGCAUUUGGCUUGGCGACUGGUGUUCUUGAUGAGUCUCACAUUACAGUCACUUUGCUGGAGACAGCAGACUUAGUGGGAUUUAGUCAAGGGCAUAAUUUUGAACUGGAAAAUGUCUAUUGUGGACCAGAAAUUUUGUUAUUUCGUAAAACUAAUUUAGUUCCUAGGAGUAUUUCAUUUUAGCAAGACUAGUGUAGGUAUCAAUCUGGGCUGACAUUUUGGGAUAAGAUGGUCUACUGCUCAUAGUUUUUUGCUUAUUUAACCAAACCCCAACCCAAAUGGAUAUCAGCUGACAGCUUCGCCUGUUCCAUGUUUCUUUCUUUUGAUACAAAAUCAAACAAUGCUGCAUGGUUCUUAUGAUUUUUUUAUUUUUAAAUGUUCAUGGGAACCUCUGAUGCUCCAAAUAUACUUCAAAUGUCUUAUGAAUGCAGAUACAUAUACAGAGAUGUAUAUUUGUCUUGCAUUAGAAAAUGCUUUAAUAAAUAAGUUUUAAGAGUAUUGCGAUGAUGUGCUUGGUAGUGGAUAGAAAUGGCCAUAGCAUGAAGAAAGGGUCACGGUGUCUGCCUUCGUGAGAGAUCACAUUUUGACAGACAUCAUAAACCUAACUUCAAGAUUAUAUAGCAGUUUUUUUAUGUAACUAAUUUUAUCUACACUACAGCAAUUUUUAUGGGUUUUUUGUUGGUAUAAAUGAUCAAGUGUAGCUUGUGUAUUACUGACUUCAUUGAAAAUUCUUUUUAAAAAAAAAUUAACACUAUUCUUAAUAGAUUUUGUGUUUGUAGGUCUCUUGUAAUUUUUAAUAACAUAAGGUUUAAAAAAAUUGUACUUUAGAUUGUUUAAUUGCAUUUAUGAUACACGUCCUCAUUAUUGUUUGCUAAAAAGAUCUGAGAGGUGCAGGGUGUUGACUAACUGCAUGUGUGCGCAUAGGUGUCAAGUCUUCUGUGGCACAACUGCCCAUUUUGAGGCUACCUUUAUGGUGUCACAGCUGACAGGUGUCUCUGCAUACACUCAAGAAAAACUCUGUACCCUUUAGCUGCUGAGAUUAGUGCUGGAGACAGUCAACUUUUUUUAAGCAGUUGUGGUUUGAGUUGAGAGUGUAUGAAUUAACAGAUACAAAAUGCUUCACACUUUAUGCAAAUGUGCUGAUUCCUCCCUCUCUGAUCUUAAUUCAGAUUAGAAUAAGCAUAAUAAUUAAAAAUCAAUAUUUCUUUCUGCCAAUGUAAAGAUGAUUCUUAAGAUAAGACAUAUUUUUUGUAUUAGAGUAUCCAUUAGAGUUUUUGUCUAAUUUUUUAUGAAGCACAAAUACAAAAAAUGAAAGUUAAAAGUGUCGAGCAAAUAGUGUAUCUGUUGAUCUCUUAAACAAGAACUGUUCAGGAAUCAACUGUGUAUAUCCUAUGGAAAUGAUAAUAAUUGAAAACUAUUGACAAGACAAUUAGAAUAGUGUUUUAUAUAUAAUUUCCAUCAAGGAUUUGGGAGAUUCUAGCAUACCUACUGGUAGCCAUACCACGUAAUUUUGAGAGCAUAACUCCUGUUUCAUUUGUUGCUAAUAACUGCUUGAUCAUUUCCAUUUUCCACUGUUGCUGUUGCUCAUAUUGACUUUACUGCUAAGGUGAGCACUGAUGUCUGCCUAGUGAGAGAUCACCUCGGGCAAGCACAGUCACCACCUAUGCAUACAUCCUUCAUUCUUAAAUGUUAUCAUAAUUUCCUCUUUCCCUAAAGAAUACCACACCAUAACACUACGCAAUGCAUGGAUUAAAAAGCCAGAUGUCAUUUAUGUAGUUUAAGGAUCUAUUUAUCAUUUAAUGUGUCUAAAGUAAUAUUUACAGUCUGAAACUGUUUUAGAGGAUCUGCACCAUCUAAGGAGACAUUUAUCUCUUUAAAAAACUAAUGCUAAAACUAAGAAGACUUAAACAUUCACAACUAUCAAUUGAUGAAUGGUAAAGCUCAGAUACUUUACAUAAAGUUUUUUUUUUAAAUAGUCUUUUUGGCUACAUUUCUGGAAUCUGAAUUCUAUGUCAAAUCUUUUUAGAACAAUAAACAUGGAAAUAUACUAUUUUCUGUUGCACAAUUGUUUAAAUCAUAUAAAAGUCCAUGGCAAGAGGCAUUGUAUGUAUUGAGCUACACUUUUUAUAUAGAAAUUGUAUAUUGCAUGCAUUUCAGUGCUUUGUAGUGUACAUAGCAAAAUAAUAAUGCCCUAUAUCAAGACAAUAUAGUACCAAUGUAUUGAAUUUGAAUCAUUUCCUGAAUCAGAAUUCAAAGAUAGUGUCUUCAUCAGUCCUGAUUUACUUAUGCAUUUGACAGAUUAUAUUUUGUUUUUAGACUAUUGAUUCCCGUGUAAGUAUAUAUACAAGUUUUUUUUAAUCCUUUAGUGCCAUAUUCAGAAGUUUUCUUGAUGUUAUUAACCUACCGGUGCAGUGAACUGUAGCUUGAUAUCUUUUUUUAAAAUUGAUACAUUUUGCACACAAUGUUUGCUUCUUUCUUUAUGGUGUUAUAAAUAAAGCAGAGUGUAGUGAA